AUGACUUCUCAUCGUUCUUUCCAUAAUAGCAAUCAUCACCAACGAGGCUAUAAUUCGCGUACACGCCCCAAUUAUCUGCCUUCUAGUCAAUAUAAUCUUGAUGAUUAUGUUAAUCCAAACGCAUAUGAUGCAUCGUUUGCUCAAUAUGAGUACAGUCCUCGACAAUUUAGAAAUGGCAAUUAUCAACAACGAGGCUAUAAUUUGCGUAGACGCUCCAACUAUCAGACAUCUAGACAAUAUAAUCUCGAUGAUUAUGUUAAUCCAAACGCAUAUGAUGCAUCGUUUGCUCAAUAUGAGUGCAUUGCUCGACAAUUUAGGAAUGGCAAUCAUCAACAACGAGGCAAUAAUUCGCGUAGACACCCCAAUUAUCAGACUUCUAGACAAUAUAAUAUUGAUGAUUAUGUUAAUCCAAACGCAUAUGAUGCAUCGUUUGCUCAAUAUGAGUACACUGAUCGACAAUUUAGGAAUGGCUAUCAUCAACAACGUCAACAACAACAAGGCUAUAAUUCACGUAAUGCUCCAAGACGCCCCAAUUAUCAGCCUUCUAGACAAGAAAUUCGAGAUUUCGUUUUCGUCCUCGAUCAUGAGGAUGAUCAUGGUGAUGUACUGAAGCAUUUGAAAAUAAGAAUUCAUCAUGCUCCUGAAGUAGUAGCACCUGAUGUAGAAUCAGAUAUCUGUGCUAUAUGUCAAUCUGAAUAUGAAAACGAAGAGAAUAUUGGAGCGUUGCAAUGUGGACACGAGUAUCAUACAGAUUGCAUCAAACAAUGGCUGAUGAGGAAGACAGAUUGUCCGAUGUGCAGAGCUUUAGUUUUGCCUUCACAAGAACAGAAACUAUAG